UUUCCGUGUGAGGAGUUGGCUAAUCCAAAAUGUGUACAGGUGUCAUGUAAAUCCACCCAUUGUGUUGCUCCUUUGUCCUCGUUUCCACCAACAAAUGGAUUGACCAGAUAUCUUGCCAGACGGUCAAGCGGUAAGGCUGUGGACUGCAUCUGUGCCUUUUGUGCAGUGGAACCUUAAAAAUGUUGAUAAUGUUUGGUCAUCGGAUCGGAGUUUGACGAUCAUGAUGGAGCUGUGGGACGAUCAUCCCAACUUGACUCCAGAAAGAAGUCUAGAUCAUUGUAAACAUGGGUCAAAAAGUGAUGCGAUCUUGUGCUGCUCUUCAAACUCAAGAAUGGUGUUAAAGUUGAGGUGAUGAGAUGAACAUAACUUGAAUGUCAUCAACAGUGAAUACUGAAAUCAAGAUGGAAAUCUCAACACUGGCCAAGGAUGGGAAUGAGACUAACACUCUAGGUGAUGGAGAAGAAGAAUCUCAAGAACAUCUUGAGAUGACAUCAUCUGAGAACAAAACAUGUUAUGAUGAAGAUCUCACAAGCCAGGAUAGAUUGAGUGAAAGCCCCGGGAAAGAAAUAGAUGAAAAGUACCAAGGCAACAACAGGAAAGAUGCUGAAGGCAGUGGGAUACCAAAAAUGGCAGAAACAGAAGGGGCAACAGUAGCAAAUAAACGAGAGGAUGAUGCCAUCACUAAAAUUGAAUCAUCUGAAACAUCAGAGCAGAAUCUGAAAACACAAACUACUACUAGUACUAAACAGGAAGUCGGUGGAACCAGUCCUUGCAGUGAUGUUAACCCCAAUGAUCUACAGAAAACUGUGGAUAAACCCCAUGAUAGGAGUGAUAAACCAACUGCUGAAACUGAUAACGGAUUAUCAAAGCAGCCUGCAAAAAUUACCCAAGCAAUCAUCAUUGACCUCAACAUCCCUCAGGUCACGGACCCACCCCAGAGCAGAGGUCAUCCUAUAGGCUUAGACAGAUGGACAGAGGGACCUGGUAAUAACAGACAUGACAGACAGGGAGGCGGGGUCUGUAAGAGUGUAGACUUCUCUGUACCGGUCAGCAUGGAUGAGGUGGAGGCGGAGCUAGCCAGGGUCGUGGCCGGGAUGACUGAAGACCAGAGUCUGUUUGAUCCACACGAGUGUGGCCGCGGAGCCACUACCAAUACGCCUGUAACUGUCAUGACUGAUUAUGCAGAAAGUGUCAGUCAAAUUCAAGGCCGGGGGCUCACCACUCCUUUAAGGGAAAACAUUUAUCAACACGCCCUGUCCAUCAUGAAGAAACGCUGCCAGAGCGGUCGCACUGCUACGUCAAAUGCGAGAACCUCCUACUACCGGCCCAAGACACCGGACAAUGUCGUUGAGGAAAACGGAAUGGCUUUCCCCAACUUCAGUCUGCCGGCAGUGCUGGCCAACAUUGACAAACCACCGCUAGUGCAGAACCCAAACUGUUUCUUCUAUGUGACGCAGAGCAGGCAGCAUCCUAUUGCCCCAGUCAAGGCUUGGAAAGGUUAUGAGGGCAACUUGUACUUCCAACCAGUGGUAUGCAAGAAAGCUGAUCUUACCCCCUCAACUACACCAAGGGAAAAUGCACUCAACAAAGCCACACGCAGAGCCUAUUCCACUCCACAUACGAAGGGCAAUACUGCAGACAUGGCAGAGAGUCAAACCGUGCAACUCCCGCAGUUACCACAUACUGACGGAGCAGAUGGAGACAAUCAGACUAAUAUAGCGCCCUCUGUUGUUGGAGUGCGUUCGGUCUGCAGCCAACGCACGACAGCACCAAGUCGUCAGAAGUCUUUCUCUCGUAAUGCCAGCACGGGCAAGUCUAGGGCCAGCACGGCACGCCAGCUGGCCAUACUGGACAAGCAGGCCGUCUUUAGUAGAAUGGAUUCCAACAUCCGAGAGGACAUUCGUUGGAUCAGCGGCAUGGACGCCAUGGGUACACUCCACCUGGGAAGCCUGAAGCUGCCGCGCUCCACAUCACACUUCUACAACAACACGGGCAAGCACCACAAGCUGAAAAUCCAACGGGGUCUUGUGAGUCACCAGCUUGCCGCACAUGACCAGUCUCUGCCAACCCUGCUUGGAGUUCAUGGUGGAAGGCUCAAUGAUAGUGCCGACGGCGUUGCCAAGACCAAGCACCUGCAAUCGCAGUACCAAUCCAGUAAGGUUUCUCACUCCUCAGAUGACGAAGACAGGAACAUUUACUCACCGAAUCUCUACGGUGGCUACUCCGGACCAUUUACCUCCGUUGAGCAGUUGCGUAGAGACAGCUCCUCUAGUCCUAGACGAGGAGGCAGCAGCCCUAGCUCAGACAUGCUCCUCAAGGACGAUUCUCUCCACUCGUUGGCAUCCGUCUACAAGAACCCCAGCAACAUGCCGCUGUGCAGCAGCAAAGAGGUCUUGUUCAGGAAUCGAGAGGCCCUGUUUCUGACUAGACCAAACUAUAGAUGACAUUAAGGUCCAGUAACAGUGCAAGAUUAAAAUGGAAUUUGUAAGAAAUCCCCUUGGAAAAAAUUGAUAGUUUUUGUAACUUUUAUUUCCUUUGGAGGCAACUGUUGAAAGAAGGUAUUUCUACAGGGUUUAUGUAGUAUAGACAUUGUGUGCAGCAGCCAUCUUAGAGAACAUCUUUUAUUUCAAUUCAGUAACAUUGAAUGCACAAACAAAAAUGCAUUUUACCAGCAAAGGAAAAGCUGGCCAGCCAUUAAAAUAACUUUGCCAGACUUACUUGUACAUGUAGUAAUUCCUUGUUCAUACAUGUAAACAUUGUUGAAAACACAAAAUCAAUCUGCAGCAGAUAUAAUGCAUGAACAUAAUUCAAAACAAUGGGUUUUUUUUGCGUGGGGUUUGAAUAUUUAUUUAAAGCAACCCAGAAUGCAGGACUGGUUUACGCUAUACAUUACGCAAAAACGCUUACUUGCCUAACAUUAGAAAGGUAGACCACUGCAAUGCUGGUUACAACACGUAUGGGCCUGAACAAUUUUUGCAACUCAUAAGCAUGUGCCAAAUGUGUAUUGUGUGUAUUUUUGUGAAAUUCAUAUUAACUUUUCACAAGAAUGAAGUAUUAAACUUGGCAGAAUUAAUGACA